ACAACAGAAGGAAAACUAGAAAAUGAAAUAUCUGGAAAUUAAACAAUCCAUUUUUAAACAACCAGUGGAUCAAAGAAGAAAUCACAAGGGAAAUUAGAAAGUACUUUGAACAAAUGAAAACAAAAACACAACACACCCAAACUUAUGGGAUGCAGCAGAAGCAGGGCUAUGAAGCAAAUUUAUAGCUGUAAAGGCAUACAGAUGUCAAAUCACAACCAUCAGAAGAAAAGAAAUAAUAAAGAUUCCAGGGGAGAUAAAUGAAAUAGAGCAGAGAAAAACAGUAGAGAAGAUCAAUGAAACAAAAACUGGAUUUUUGAAAAGGCUGUCUCCUGUGCUGUAGUUUUCAGCAAGACCCUGGAUCAAACUUCACUCACAACACUCAGGUUGUGCUUUUAUUUUUUUUCCUUUCAGCAGACAGUUACCAUUUUUUGUUGUUGCUGAGAAUAAUUAAGAACUACUCAGCAAAUUUCAGGUAUACCAUGCAGUGCUGUUAACUGUAGUCACCAUGCUGUGCAUUAGAUCUCCAUAACUUAUUUAUCUUGGGCUUUCAAAACUUUAUACCCUUUGACCAAUAUGUUGCCAUUUCCCCUCUCCCCCUCCAGCCCCUGGUAACCACCAUCGACUCUCUGCUUGUGAGAGUUCCACAUUUUUUAGAUUCCACACAGCAUAAGUGAGAUCAGGCAGUAUUUGUCUUUCUGGGCCUGUCUUAUUUCACUUAGCAUAAUGACCUCCAGGUUCAUCCAUGUUGUGGCAAAUGACAAGAUUUCCUUCUUUUUAAAGGCUGAAUGAAAGAUUCCUCUGUAUGUGUCAGUGUAUAUUCUCCAAAUUUUCUUUAUCCAUUCACCCCUUAACAGACGCUUAGGUUGUUUCCAUAUCUUGGCUAUUGUGAAUAAUGCUGCAAUGAACAUGGGAUUACAGAUAUCUCUUCCAGAUCCUGUUUUCAUUUUCUUUGGAUAUAUGCCCAGAAGUGGGAUUGCUGGAUCUUUCAGUGGGAUUGCUCCAUCAUUUUAAAGAUGGGGAAACAGAGGCCCAGAGGAGGGAAGAAACAAACCGAGGGAACGAGAUUGAGGCACUGUGCUGGCAGGAGCAGGAAGACCUGCUAUCAGAGUCCGGGGCACGCACUGGGGCGAAGCGAGUUAGCCCACCACACUGACCAUAAGCCCUGAGGCUUUGCCUCUUGCUGGCGCCAGGAUCUCUGCAGCUUGUGGCCAAGAGCGUAGAUGCUGGAGUCAGACUUUCUGGACCUGUAAUCACUGUGGGCCUCAAUUUUCUCAUCUGUAAAACAGGAACUUCUGACACACGCUACAACUAGGAUGAGCCUUGAAGACGUUAUGCUCAGCGAGAUGAGCUUGGGCCUGGGGAACCUCUGAGCGCCCCCCACCCGCCUCCCCCAGGGGGACCAUCUGGAGCCCCGGCCCAACCCCGCAGACUCGCCGGGCGUCCACGAUUGCACCCAAGUGCGCGGUCCGAGAGCCAAUGGGGAGCUACCAGGGGGGCGGGCCACGCUGCUGCUCGUCAGACCCAGCGCUGGGCUUGCUGUGUUCCGUAUCCCUUGCUUUGCGAGGCUGGUCCGACCCCGCCAUGGGCCUGGAGCUCUACCUGGACCUGCUGUCCCAACCCUGCCGCUCCGUCUACAUCUUCGCCAGGAAGAACGGCAUCCCCUUCGAGCUGCGCUCCGUGGACCUGCGCAAAGUACGCGGGCCCCUCACCGCCGCGGACUCUCCCGCUGCAGAGCACAGGCUCCGGACGCGCAGGCCCAGCGGCCACGGCCCACGGGCCCAGCCGCUCCGCGGCACGCGGGACCCCCCCCCGUACCGGGGCACGAACCCGCACCCCCCGCAUCGGCAGGCGGACCCCCAACCACUGCGCCACCAGGGAAGCCCUCAGCUUGCAUUUUAGAAUAAUAUUCUGGCUGCUGUUGGGGGUUGGACUGGACUGUGGCCAGGGAGGAAGCAGGGAGAUUUGGAUAUUGCAGUAAUCCGGCCAAGGGUGACUUGUGGAGGAGGGCAGUCCACUGGGGCGGGGUAGAGAACAUGGCCUGCCCUGGGGGGAUAGGUCUUCUUUAAACUGGGAGCCUGGGGCCCAGGAAGGCCAAGCUAUUCUCAAGUUUUGCAGUAACUGAUCCUCUUGCCAAGGAGCUUUCUCUGAAUCUUGGGUUUGGGGACAGGGUUUUUUAUCCAGGAGGCUUGCUUAGAGAAUGAGGGCAUCAUAGCCACAGACUUCAGGAGCUCCAGGCUUGUAGUUUGAGGGGUUUGGCCCUGCAAAGGAAGUGGCGAGGUUCCAGGCCCCCCUGCAAACCUCUAGAUGGGCCCCACAGGGCUUCUGCUUUGCUGGAGGGAUUAGCCGGGAGUGUAAGGAAGGUUGGGGAGGGGCGGCUUCCUGAGGUGUGGACCUAGUCUUUGCUGGGUGCAGAGGUCCACACGCCCUCCCCAGCCUCCACCCUGUGCAGUGGGCCCAGGGGAGGCCGUGGCACCUCCUUUCUCCUCCUCUAUUUGUGUUCCUGGGGACACUUAAGUCCCUCCUCUUUCAGCCCCCUCCGCGAGUGGGGGAAGGUGGCUUGGGCCAACACUUUCGACUCUAAAUUCACUGAGCGUCUCCGCUGGAAGCGCCCUCGACGUCGUCCCUCCAGUAUCAUCCCCCCGCCCUAUUUGACUCAGGUAGACAUUGAGGUCCGGGUUAGGGGAUUGACCUGGAGGUGAGAAACUGUCAGAGUCCGUCUCCCUGUAUCCUCCCCACCAGAAAAGGGACCCCAGCCCAGAACCCCAGAGAGGGAAGGCGGGAGAGCGAGGCCGCCGCUGAUUGGUCCAAAGUUCUCCGGCACCAUCCAAUGGGCGGGGAGGGCGUGGCCGGGCUCGAUUAAUCAGGCUGCGCGCGGCCGCCGGCUGGGUGGCCGGUGGUCUCUGCCUGCCGUUUCUGCCCCAGUCCUGCACUAAUCCUAACCCCCGCCCCUGCCAUGGGCCUGCAGCUCUACCUGGACUUGCUGUCCCAGCCUUGCCGCGCCGUCUACAUCUUCGCCAAGAAGAACGGCAUCCCCUUCGAGCUGCGCACGGUGGACCUGCUCAAAGGCCAGCACUACAGCGAUGACUUUGCCCAGGUGAACCCCCUGAGGAAGGUGCCUGCCUUGAAGGAUGGGGACUUCACCUUGGCUGAGAGUGUGGCCAUCCUGCUGUAUCUGACCCGCAAGUAUGAGGCCCCCGACCACUGGUACCCCCAGGACCUGCAGGCCCGAGCCCGUGUGGAUGAGUACCUGGCGUGGCAGCACACGGCCCUGCGAACAAGCUGCACCCGGACCAUGUGGCAGAAGGUGAGCUUCGGAGCAGGGAGCCCUUCCUCGGUGACCAGGGGAUGGUGCUUUCUGUCUAAAGCAUUCCAUUCAGACCUGAGACCUGAGAACACUAAAUUCUAGAAUGCCAGAGAUGCUCCAGGGCAACCAACUUGUUUUCCAGAGGGGAAACCAAGGCACAGAGCCUGGGAAUGACUCCCCCAAUAUGUCUUGAUUCCUGAGCUGCUGGAAAUUAAUCUUGUGCCCUUUUGCCCACUCCAGGCUGCCUGGGAAUAUUGUCUUUUGGGAGAGAAAAGAAUCAAACCUUCACUUUGCUACACAUGUACUUUCCAGAUGGAGAGGUGUUAAGCGAAAAACCUCAAAGUAGGAAGAAAUAAGAUAUUUCACUAAAUGUUGAUCUGAUUUCUGGGUAUGCAAGGAUUUAUAAGCCUAGUAACAGUGGGAGACUUAAAGAAAAGGCUAAUCGAUUUUACACAAAAUCUGUGUAAGAAAAAAAAAAGAAUGAAAACAAGCAAAAAAAACUGGGAAAGAUCUUGGCAAAGAAAUGUUAGAAAGAACGUUAAAAAUUUUUAUUUUUUAUUUUUUAUUUUUAUUUUUGGCUGUGUUGGGUCUUCGUUGCUGCGCGCGGGCUUUCUCUAGGUGUGGUGCGGGGGCUACUCUUCGUUGCGGUGCACGGGCUUCUCAUUGCAGUGGCUUCUUUUGUUGCAGAGCACCGGUUCUAGGCGCACGGGAUUCAGUAGUUGUGGCAUGCGGGCUUCAGUAGUUGCAGAGUGCGGGCUCAGUAGUUGUGGCGCACGGGCUUAGCUGCUCCGUGGCAUGUGGGAUCUUCCCAGACCAGGGCUCGAACUCGUGUCCCCUGCACUUGUGGAUGGAUUCUUAACCACUACGCCACCGGAGAAGUCCGGAACCCACAUGCCGCAACUACUGACGCCCGCGCGCCUAGAGCCUGUGCUUUGCAACAAGCGAAGCCACCAAAAUGAGAAGCCCGCGCACCACAAGGACGAGUAGCCCCCACUCUUGCAACUAGAGAAAGCCUGGGCGCAGCAACCCAACGCAGCAGUAAAAAAAUAAAAAAAUAAAAAAAUAAAUAUGCUUAAAAAGAAAAAAUAAGACGCUCUUAGAAGGCCAUCAAAACACAGGAGAAAAAUGCGCAGAAGAAACCAGCAGAGAUGUAACUGAAGGACAGAGAGAAAAGGUCAAUAAAUGGAUGAAAACAUGCAACUUCAGUAAAAAUCAAGCAAAUUCACGUUAAAAGAGCAUGCAGAUACCAUUUUUACUUAUCAAACGUGCAGAGGUUUUUGAAAUGUGAACUCUGAGUUAUUGUUGGUAAAGCACUUACAUAGUGUCUGGCACAGAGCAGGCUUCCUGUGUGUGUGAGGGAGUGUGAGCUGGCCCCUGCUGCAUGUAUGGAACCACUGUUCUGGGGACCCAUUUGUUGUUGUUAUUGUUGUUUUUGGCCGUGCAGCUUGUGGGGUCUUAGUUCCCUGACCAGAGAUGAAACCCAGGCCCUCGGCAGUGAGCGCAGAAGUCUAACCACUGGACUGCCAGGGAAUUCCCUCUGGGGGUCCAUUUGGCACAAAGAAGGUUUCCAUAGCUUUGCAAGCUGUGGUGGGGGAGGAAGCCCAGUGCAUUUGAGGGCAGAAUGGAGAGAAGUCCAGGAGAAUGA